GAUUGGCUGAUGGUGGGCGCGGCCACCCCCGGGCGGACACCAUGCCGGCGGCGACGUUGGCCACAGCUCUGGGGUUCCUGCUGUUGGCCGGGGGCUCGGCCGGCGAUGAGGCCCGGGAGGCGGCGGCCGUGCGGGCGCUCGUCGCCCGGCUGCUGGGGCCCGAGCGGGCGGCCGAGUUCGUGGUGUCGGUGGAGCGCGCGCUGGCGGCCGAGUCCGGCUUGGACACCUACAGGCUGAGCGGCGGCGGCGGCGGGACGCCCGUGCGGGUGUGCGGCUCCAGCGGUGUGGCGGCGGCCGCCGGGCUGCACCGCUACCUGCGCGAUUUCUGCGGCUGCCACGUGGCCUGGUCCGGCUCGCAGCUGCACCUGCCGCGCCCGCUGCCCGCAGUGCCCGAGGAGCUGACGGAGGCCACGCCCCACAGGUACCGCUAUUACCAGAAUGUGUGCACGCAAAGCUACUCGUUCGUGUGGUGGGACUGGGCCCGCUGGGAGCAGGAGAUCGACUGGAUGGCCCUGAAUGGCAUCAACCUGGCGCUGGCCUGGAGCGGCCAGGAGGCCAUCUGGCAGCAGGUAUACCUGGGCCUGGGCCUGACCCAGUCGGAGGUUGAUGAAUACUUCACGGGUCCUGCCUUCCUGGCCUGGGGGCGCAUGGGCAACCUGCACACGUGGGGUGGCCCCCUGCCCGCCUCCUGGCACCGCAAGCAGCUUUACCUGCAGCACCGCAUCCUGGAGCGCAUGCGCUCAUUCGGCAUGACCGCGGUGCUGCCUGCCUUCGCUGGGCACGUCCCCAAGGCCAUCACCAGGGUGUUCCCUCAGGUCAAUGUCACCCAGCUAGGCAGCUGGGGGCACUUCAACUGUUCCUACUCCUGCCCCUUCCUGCUGGCGCCAGGGGACCCCCUGUUCCCCAUCAUCGGGAGCCUCUUCCUUCGGGAGCUGACCCGAGAGUUUGGCAGCGACCAUGUUUAUGGAGCCGACACAUUCAAUGAGAUGCAGCCCCCCUCGUCGGAGCCCUCCUACCUGGCUGCGGCUACAGCCGCCGUCUUUGAGGCCAUGACCGCAGUGGAUCCUGAAGCUGUGUGGCUGCUCCAAGGCUGGCUUUUCCAGCACCAGCCCCAGUUCUGGGGGCCCUCCCAGCUCAAGGCGGUGCUGAGGGCUGUGCCCCGUGGCCGCCUCCUGGUGCUGGACCUGUUCGCUGAGAACGAGCCCGUGUAUAGCCGCAGUGACUCCUUCCAGGGUCAGCCCUUCAUCUGGUGCAUGCUCCACAACUUCGGGGGCAACCAUGGCCUGUUUGGGGCUCUGGGAGCCGUCAAUCAAGGCCCCGCUGCUGCCCGCCGCUUCCCCAACUCCACCAUGGUCGGCACGGGCAUCGUGCCUGAGGGUAUUGGCCAGAACGAGGUGGUCUACGCCCUCAUGGCUGAGCUGGGCUGGCGGAAGGACCCAGUGCAGGACCUUGAGGCGUGGGUGACAGACUGGGCCAGGCGGCGGUAUGGGGCCUCCCAGCCUGACGCAGAGGCUGCCUGGAGGUUGCUGUUGCAGAGCGUGUACAACUGCUCUGGUGACACCUGCCGGGGACACAACCACAGCCCACUGGUCAGGCGGCCUUCCCUCCAGAUGAACACCACCACAUGGUACAACCGCUCAGAUGUGUUUAAGGCCUGGCACCUGCUGCUCACAGCUGCCCCAACCCUGGCCACCAGUCCUACCUUCCGCUACGACCUGCUGGACAUCACUCGGCAGGCGCUGCAGGAGCUGGUCAGUGUAUACUACGAGAAGGCCAGGACCGCCUACCUGGCUAAGGAGCUAGUGCCCCUGCUGAGAGCUGGAGGCAUUCUAGCCUACGAACUCCUGCCUGCCCUGGACAAGGUGCUGGCCACAGACAGCCGCUUUCUGCUGGGCAGCUGGCUGCAGCAGGCCCGGGCUGCAGCGAGCAGUGAGGCAGAGGCCCAGUUGUAUGAGCAGAAUAGCCGCUACCAGCUGACCCUGUGGGGACCAGAGGGCAACAUCUUGGACUACGCCAACAAGCAGCUGGCUGGGCUGGUGGCCGACUACUAUACCCCGCGCUGGCAUCUCUUUAUGGAGGCCCUGGCCAAGAGCCUGGCCCAGGGCACCCCUUUCCAACAGCAUGCCUUUGACAAACUCGUCUUCCAGGCGGAGCUGGCCUUCGUUCUUGGCUCCCACCAGUAUCCCACUAGGCCCCAAGGUGACACAGUCGAACUGGCCAAGAGGAUCUUCCUUAAAUAUUGUCCCCAGGAGGCAGUUGCCUCACCGUGAGACAGAUGAACCACCUCUGAGCUGCGUUCUCAAACUCCAGGUGGAAGCUGAUUCCCCGGAACCUGGAGCUGGACGGACGCCAAGUGCAUAGCCUGCCUCACCUGCACCCCCAGCCC